GAAUGACUUUAAGGCAGAGAGAAGCUUUGGUCUUUCUAUAUAAAGGUAGUAAUGAAAGCAUACUUUCUAUGCCAAGUGGUGAAAGCAAACUUUUUAUGCUUUCUCAAUAAUGCACUUUUUGAAGUUUUAGCAUAACAUUUGAAUAAAAGGGGUUUUAUCCAUUUCUCUACAAUUAUGACUUCUCAAUAUGUGGAUGAAAAUGGGCAAGAUGAUGGAUACACAAAAGAUGGAACUGUGGAUCUCAAAGGCAAUUCCAUUCUUAGAUCCAAUACAGGUGGAUGGAAAGCUUGUUCCUUCAUUGUUGUAUAUGAAGUGUUUGAACGUAUGGCAUAUUAUGGUAUAUCAUCAAACUUGGUAAUAUACUUAACAGAGAAGUUACAUCAAGGCACUGUUAAAUCUUCAAACAAUGUCACAAAUUGGGUUGGCACUAUAUGGAUGACUCCUAUAUUGGGCGCCUACUUUGCUGAUGCUUAUCUUGGUCGUUAUUGGACUUUCUUGAUUGCAUCUGGCAUUUAUUUCUUGGGUUUGUCUCUACUAACACUAGCAGUAUCAAUCCAUGGCCUAAAACCUCCUCAUUGUGGCAAUCCAAGUGCAAUUGACUGCAAAAAAGCAUCCACAUUUCAACUAGCUGUGUUCUUUGGUGCACUCUACACAUUAGCCGUCGGCACGGGUGGCACGAAGCCCAACAUAUCGACGAUCGGAGCCGACCAAUUCGACGAGUUUCACCCUAAGGAAAAAUCCCAAAAACUUUCAUUUUUCAAUUGGUGGAUGUUCAGCAUUUUCCUAGGGACACUUUUUGCUAACACUGUGCUUGUGUACAUUCAAGAUAAUGUGGGCUGGUCACUUGGAUAUGGGCUUCCAACAUUGGGCCUUGCUAUAUCUAUAGUGAUAUUUUUGGCUGGAUCAUCUUUUUAUAGACAUAAAAAGCCCAGAGGAAGCCCAUUUACAAGAAUGGCUAGGGUCAUUAUUGCUUCAUUAAGGAAAUGGAAGGUUAAAGUUCCUAGUGAUCCAAAAGAGUUGUAUGAGCUUGAUUUGGGAGAAUAUACCAAGAAUGGAAAAGUUAGAAUUGACUCCACUCCUACUUUAAGGUUUUUGAACAAAGCUUGUGUUAAAGUAGAUACAACUGAUCCAUGGAUGUUAUGUUCUGUUACUCAAGUGGAAGAGACUAAGCAAAUGCUAAGGAUGAUACCAAUCUUGAUUGCUACAUUCAUUCCAAGUACAAUGAUAGCUCAAAUCAACACACUUUUUGUCAAACAAGGCACAACUCUUAAUAGAAGCAUUGGUAAUUUCAGCAUCCCUCCAGCUAGUCUAGGUGCAUUCGUUACCAUAGCGUUGCUAGUCUCCGUUGUGCUAUAUGAUCGUUUCUUCAUGACAAUCGCGAAAAGAUUGACAAAAAAUCCGAGAGGCAUUAACAUACUUCAGAGGAUGGGAAUUGGAAUGGCUUUCCAUAUUGUGAUCAUGUUGGUUGCAUCGUUCGUUGAGAGGCAUAGGCUUAGUGUAGCAAGGGACCAUGGACUAGUCGAAAAUGGUAAACAAGUACCAUUAUCCAUAUUGAUUUUGUUACCUCAGUUCAUUCUUAUGGGAACAGCUGAUGCAUUCUUGGAAGUAGCCAAGAUUGAGUUUUUUUAUGAUCAAGCACCAGAAGGCAUGAAAAGUCUUGGAACUUCUUAUUCAAUGACUAGUCUUGGUAUUGGGAAUUUCAUUAGUAGCUUCUUGCUUUCGACUGUGUCUGAUAUCACCAAGAAGCACGGGAAUCACAGAGGAUGGAUACUAAACAACCUAAAUGCAUCUCAUCUUGACUAUUACUACGCGUUCUUCGCGAUACUCAACUUGUUGAACUUCUUCUUUUUCCUGUUUGUGAGCAAGUUUUAUGUAUACAAAGCUGAAGUCUCUGAUUCACUGGAUGUGCUAAGGCAAGAAUUGGAGAUUGAAUCGAGACAUCGUGUAACUCAAGAAGCUUCAACCAACACACAGGUUAAUGGUUUUACAUAGGGUUUUAACUAACAUAUUUAUUUUGCUCCAAACUUCUUUUCUGUCAUAGCUAGGUAGUGUACUAUAUUGGCUAUGGCUCGGUUCCUCCAAAAAUGUCGCUGCACCCGUGUCAGAUCCUCCAAAAAUGAAGUCUCACUCAUGUCUGAUCCGCCAAAUAUUAUUCAUUUUUGGAGGAUCUUACACUGAUGCCCCAGUAUUUUUGAGAAUCCGAGCAAUAUAGCUAUACGGGGCAAUAGUUUUGUUCACCUCCUUUCUCUUUGUUAUGAUUUUCACACGAUUGUAAUGAUAAUCAGUUAAAUAUAGUUGUUUCGAUAUAUGAAAGGUAUUUUAUUGAACAGCAUUUUCAAUUCCAUAUCUGAUAUCUCUAAAGGAAAUAGUACUUCAUAAUCUGAGUAAAUUUUGAUGGUCUAUUCAAUCUA